UACAUACGAUACAUUUUAACAACGGCGCUCCUCCGGAGUGGUCCUGUACAGUUUGCUUCGCUCUCAGAGCGGCUUACGUACGACCGACGGCGGGCGCGAAGAACAACACUACUAUAUGCACUAACAAUAUGUUUCCAUAUAUCGAUGCAUUUCUGCGCAGUCUCAAAGAAUACGAACAAACCGUAACCAACUAAUGUUUACGCGUCGAAUGCAGACGAGCGUGAAAAAAGGAACCUACGCGUAGACGCUUCACGAGUAUGGUGCAAAAAAAUUUUUGGACCAAAAUCGGAAGCGCCUGUUGCAUAGUAAUCGCAUGCAUCACAACCCUGGUAAAACUCGUGUUGAAGUACGUCGUCGGUACUUAUUCGAAUCACGAAAAUCCGUCUGAUGCUCAGCAAAAAAUAUACAAAACAAUUGCGGAUAUUCCAGGACCAAGGGCGUUGCCUUUUUUUGGAACCAGGUGGAUUUAUUGGAAAUUUUGCUUGUAUAAACUGAAUGCCGUUCACUUGGCAUACGAAGCCCCUCUGGAUCCAUAUUUAUACGCCUAUGAAUAUUGGGAUUACUGUUUCUAUUCCAGCUGCGAUGUUAUCGAUAAUCGCGGCUUUCUUGUCUCAGUUGUCCAACUCUGACGCCUGUAGUAAUAGACAUGAAUACGCUGCGUACAAGUCUGUUACUCGUCGAUCAACGCCGAAUCCACGAUUUCGGACAUUCUAUAAAUAUGCGAACAAUUCACAACGUGUUUUUUCGGAUGUUUAUACGUUUGACUUUUCUACAAGUCUUACUUGCUUGUAUAAGGUGUCUUCGCUCGCUACGAAUUCUUUGUACGCCCUGGUCGGUAUUCAUUUGCAGAGCGGGAGCCCGUAGAACGCUUCCUGUGAUGCUCGGAACUGACUGUCACGGAGUAUGCCAGGCACGUGGCCGUUUAGCUUACAUCACCGUCCAAAAAUCCGUUUCUUCUGCCCGAAAUCAACAUAUACGAUGGACAACACGUCGCGAAAAUCGCAAUUAUUAUAUUGCUUAUUAUUAUAUAACGACUGCCAUCUGCACGGUCAGACCACACGAACUUUCAAGCCCCAUUCUGUUGAAAUAUGCUUCAAAUCCUUUGACCACACUAUUGAUGUCUCGAACCACUUGGGAAAUCAGGUUAUUAAAAUCGCGGUCUACUAGCUGGUUAACUUUUGACAUGUUUAACCGGUAUGGCGAUAUUAUUUGCGAAGAAGCAUUGUGGAACAUACCAGUUAUAAGUGUCAAAAACAGAGAUUUCAUCGAAAGGGUACUUAGACAAAGUGGAAAAUACCCUAUCCGACCUCCAAACGAAGUAACAGCUAACUACAGAAAGUCCCGUCCGGAUCGCUAUACAAAUACAGGACUUGUUAACGAACAAGGUGAAGUUUGGGCGAUGCUACGAAAUAAAUUGACGCCAGAACUUACAAGUCCUAGGACAAUUCGACGUUUUUUGCCAGAAGUUAACCAGCUCGCAGACGAUUUUAAUAAUCUGAUUUCCCUAGCGAGAGAUGGCAAUAACGUUGUCAGAGGAUUCGAAGGAUAUUGUAACAGAAUGGGACUGGAAAGCACGUGUACGUUAAUUUUGGGCAGGAGGAUCGGAUUUUUGGACGGAGAGGUUAGCGAGACGGCUACACGCUUGGCCGAUUCCGUGACCAGUCAGUUCAGAGCGUCGCAAGAAGCGUUUUAUGGGCUUCCACUUUGGAAGUUGAUACCAACUAAGGCGUACAAGGAUUUCGUAGCGAGCGAGGACGCCCUAUACGACAUCGUGUCCGAAUUCGUAGAGUCAGCGUUGAUCGACGAACAACAGUCUUUCACGGACGUCCGCAGCGUGUUCGUGUCUAUACUACAGGCGUCAGAGUUGGACAACAGAGACAAGAAAGCCGCCAUUAUCGAUUACAUCGCCGCCGGAAUAAAAACAUUGGGAAACACCCUGGUGUUUAUAUUGUACUUGGUCGCCAAACAUCCGGAAGUACAGGAAAAAAUAUACAACGAGGUAUCACUGUUGGCUCCGGCGGGUACACCUAUUACCUCAGAACAUUUACACAAGGCGACAUAUUUAAACGCGUGUAUAAUCGAAGCCCACAGGCUUAAACCCACCGCUCCGUGUAUUGCAAGAGUGUUGGAAUCGGAAAUAGAAUACGAUAAUUACAGAUUGCCGCCAGGGACCGUCGUGUUGUUGCACACGGGGUUGGCGUGUUUGGACGAAAACAAUUUCAAAGACGCGACCUCGUACAGACCGGAAAGGUGGCUGGACGAGUUGGCGAAAAAAUCACCAUUUUUGGUCGCACCGUUCGGUUGUGGCAAACGAAUGUGUCCAGGCAAGCGAUUCGUAGAUCUAGAACUCCAAAUUGUCUUAGCAAAGAUGGUCAAGCAAUUUCAAAUCGACUUCGAGGGACAACUGAAAACUGAAUUUGAAUUUCUUUUGACACCCGUUGACUCAAAUUUUAUUCUACGAGAUAGAAUUUAUUAAUCUUAUUAAAUAAUAACUGAUAUUAUAUAUCAUUAAAUUAUUUAUUUUAUCGUACCACGACAAAAUUAGACAUAUCACAUUACCUAUACCUUUAUUUUUUUAAAUUAUGAUUUAGUAUAUACAAUAUAGUACAUAUAUAUGUAUAUAAUUUAAUAAUAUAAUAAUAUAAAUUAUAAACUGUACAUUUAUGCAUAAAUUUACAUUUAUUUACAUUUACAUUUAUGCCUUAUGCGCACGUGUGUGUAAUAUAUAAUAAAUUAUUAUAACAAAAAUACAUAUCUAUUCAUAUUAAAGUUCAUUAAUUCGUUUUCAUUUCCACUUUAAAAUGCAGCCAAGUAAUAUUUCUUUUUGUAAUAAUCUUGCGUUAGUUCUAUCUACUUGUUAUUAUACUUAAAGACCAUUCAUAAUGUACACAUGUUUCAUUGUAUAAUUUAAAAUUUGUAUUCUACUUCAAAAUCAUAUCGUUAUUAUUUAAAAUAUAAUUAUAUAUCAACAAUAUUUAA